AUGUCGUACUCGUGUUUGUCCGUCGUCGCGUCCACGCGCGCCGUCGUCGCAUCCACGCGCGCUCGAACGGGCCGUGCGCGACGAGCGAGCGCUCGCGUCGAGGCGAGCGGUGAUGACGCCGUGAAAGUCAUCGAUCGUCGAGCGGUGCUCCGUGGCGCGCUCUCACUCGCGGCCCUGGACGUGCUCGCGCCUUCUCGCGCGCGAGCGGUGAACAUCGGUGACAAGGCUCCAGACUUCACACUCCGAGGCACGAAGGGGGCAUCAGUGCACCUGGGCGACGUUCUCAACGAGCAAAAGUUUACAGUCGUAUAUUUUUACAAUCAAGACGGUUCACCGGGUUGUAGCGUCGAGGCUCAACGAUUUGAAGCGGCGAUUCCCGAGUUUGCGAAGAGGGAGGCUCGCGUCCUCGGCAUCUCCAUGGACUCUUUGGACAAGCACGAACAGUUUUGCGCUGACAAAGGGCUGAAAUCGUUCACGUUACUCUCCGAUGGGGACGGUUCGGUCUCCGAGUCGUACGGUGCCGAUUUGAAAAUUCCGAUUUUCGGACGCUUUAGCGAUCGUCAAACGUUUUUGGUCGACGGCAACGGAACCAUAAUUAACCACUGGCUCGAGCGCGACCAGUCAAUGGCUUCCGUCAAAACGACCGCGCACGUAGAGCAAAUUCUCAACGCGAUUGACGCCGCGUAA